GCAGCAGCAGCCGCCGGCUGACUCAACCUUCAGUUUCUGCUUCAGUUUCAGCCGUCCUGCGCUGUUCAGCUGGCUUGAUCUGACAACCAAUGGGCAGUACUGUCUUUAUCUGAGUCAUGGAAAUCAGUGGACAACAUCUCACGGUGUAGCCAGGAGGGUUUGUUGAUAGCCAGAGAAUCAUGGAGCCAGAUGUCAUCCGCAUAUACUCUUCCUCUCCGCCCCCGAUGGAGGACAGUACAGAGGAAGAGUACGAGUUUGACGUUCCAAACAGCAUCAGCUUCACAGAUUUCGACACCCCGACCACUUUCAACCAGACCCAAGCUCUGAAUGCCACCUCCCCACCUGAGCUCAUUAACAACAGAGGGAUGAUGGGAUUCAGCCACAGCUCCUCCAAUGGCUCCCACAGCCCCAAUAAUGAGCUGUCAAAGGCUAAUGGCGUGGUGCCAGCAAGUCACCUGGGCAGCAGUCCCUCAGAAAGAACUGAGAUGAAAAAGGUCCUCUCUAGCUCCCUCGAUUUCUCAGUGAGUGACACAGCCAGCAGCGAACCUGCUGAUUGCAAUGGCGGCGGCACAGAGGUGCUAACAAACGGGUUUGCAACCUUCGACGUUCAGGGAAGCCCUUCCUCGCAGAAUUUUGUCCACUCUCUUUUAAAAGGAACGUCCACUGAGGAGACGGGCAGCGUCCCUGUCGGAAGCCCAGAGGAGGAUUUUGCAGACUUUGCUGCUUUUUCCAGUGCUGAAGGACACCUCAGCCAGACGGCAAAUGAGGACUCUGACAACCCCACAGAGGGUAGCGGGCUGGCAGAGCCUGCCUGCUACCAUGAGCGCUGGAAUACAGUGCAGGGAAUGACCUCAGAGAACAAUGUCAGGGACACAAACAGAACUGGCCCCAACAUAUCCGGCUCUGAUUCCAUAUCUGUUCCUGCUGAGGCCCCGGACGGCUCGUGCAACACGGACCGGGGCUCUCACACAGAUGUAGACUCUCAACAAAGGGACGUAGCCUUUGCCCAGGAGCACUUCGCCUCACAGGCAGUUUGCACUAACAAACCCCUCACUCUGAACGGGGUGGAUGUAGCUGACAGGGACGAUUCCAAAGAUGCUGUGGGCUGCGGUGAACACGACCUCUCACCUGAUACAGCUGGAGAUGUUGAGAUGGGACCGUCAGACGGGAAGGGCUCUGGCAAUGACACUGAGACAGAAACAGAGACGGAGACAUCGUUCGGCCGGCCACUGUCGACAGAUGCUCUAGAGGAAUACGGUGACAUGAGCACCACAGGCUCGGUGCCCUCUCCGCCCCUUCAAGGGGAAACUGCCACGCCUGCCGACCAUAGUCAGCUGGCCGAGGAUGACGAGGAUGGUGACUUUGGGGACUUCGAAGAUGCUGGCUCAUUCAGUGGUCAAGGCUUUGCUGAUUUUGACCAGCUGGAUGGCCAUCAGGAGCAGAGUAGGUCGCACAGCUCUGCCCCUGCACAGGAAGCUACAAACACCAAGGACGAUGACGACUUUGGCGACUUUAACUCCCCCAAAUUUCACACCAGUGGAAACGAGGGGGAGGAUAAAGGCAAAUUUGCAGACUUUCCCGUCAGUGACAGUUUUGGGAAUUUCAGCUCGGCUGCUGAAGGCGCAGACAGUGAGACGGAUGCAGGGUGGAGUGCCUUUGGGGAGUUGGAGCAGCAGCAGCAGGUGGAGGGGGAGUCUUGGGCAGCAUUCAGCACAGAACAGAGCAUCGCUCCUCCUGCAGAGAGCACAGAGGAGGAGGAGGAGGUGGUGGAGGAGGAGGAGGAGGAGUGGCAUGAAAGUGAACCUCCUGCAGUCAGCAAGGAAGCCAGCAGGACAGACAGACAGUUGGCGACGCUGUCGAGUCGUCUGGAGAAGCUGUUUCAGAGCAGCUUCCCUCAGACAGCCGUCCCCUCGGUGGAGGUCAAGGUGGCGUCCCUGAAGAUCCUGCUGGGACCUCUAGAGGACAAACCACAGCCAGGAGCCGAGGAGGAGGAGAAGGAGAAGAGGUCGCCAUGCAACAGGUCUGCGCGUGGUGGUGUGUGGACGCAGCUUCAGGACAUCCACGAAGCGUUGGGCCUCAGAUACCAGUGGGGGGGUUCCCACUGCAACAAAGCACUACUCUGCUGCCUGGGCAUCGACACCCGAAACAUCCUGUUCACAGGACAGAAGAAGCAGCCAGUCAUCGUGCCCAUGUACGCCGCCAGCCUGGGGAUGCUGGAACCAACCAAAGAGCCUGUGAAGCCCGUCUCUGCAGCAGAGAUGAUCGCUUCUAUAGCCCAGGCGCCUCCAGUGGCUCCAGAGAAAAGCUCCUGUCCCUCAGACACAGUCCAGCAGGAGGUGCUCCCACCCAUCCAGUUCGACUGGAGCAGCAGUGGCCUUACCAACCCUCUGGACGCGAGCGGAGGCUCGUCUCUGUUAAACCUGGAUUUCUUUGGUCCUGUAGAGGAUUCGGGCUCCACCAGCUCACCGUCCAUCCCAGGAGUCGACCCCGAGCUGUACGAGCUGACGACGGCCAAGCUGGACCCCGGCGGCUCCGGCAGUCGGGUGGCCGAUGCCUUCGCCCGCCUGAUGUCCACCAUGGAGAAGACCAGCACCUCCACCAGGAAGCCGAGGAAAGAGGAGAAUCUGAGCGAGGAGGCGGCCAAAGUCAUAGCAGGUCUGCCGGAUCUUUCCUUCAUGCAGGCCAAAGUUCUGAUGUUUCCCGCCACGCUGACGCCGCUCGGCUCGCAGGCCACGCCGGACUGAGGCCACGCCCCCUACACUGACAUCAACCUGACCUGUCCACCCUGUCCAUCUGGCCCCGCCCACUGACUUGGUCCAUUUUAUAAAGUUGUUGUCUUUUUUUUUUGUUCUCUCUUGCUGCAGCUUAGUUCCUCCCUCACUUUCAUACUUAUUUGUUCUUUUAAAUUAGCGCUUUUGUUUUUCAGCUUCUGAUUUUAAAAAAUAAAGCGAAGCAUUUGUCAUGAUGGGAAACAGCUCGGAGGAGGGGGAGCUCUCGGCCGACGACCUGCACAUUUAACACAUUAGAUAAUUAAUUUAUAGAGACGAUAAUUUAUAGAGGAAGGUUUAGAAGUGUGUGCUGUUCAUAUCUAGAAGAAUCAUCGUGUAUAUAAUCAGGGAUUUAAUGUUUAUUUUCCUUUUUGUUUUUUUGUUUUUUUUAAUUCCGACUGAUUUUUGGAGGAUGAUUUUACGUCUCUGUGGUGGGAGUGUGUUCGUGUCUGUCUGUGAAGGAAACACUGGCUGAAGCUCUUUGAAUCAACCUGAAGUGGAAUAUGUAUGACAAGUUUAAAUUAAUACAUUUAUACACAUAUAUAAAAUCUAUCUAUAUAUAUAUAUAUACAUAUAUAUAUUUAUCGACUUGAAACCACACUGCCUGCAAAAUCCAGCUGAAUGUUUUGUCCCCUCGUGUUUAAAAGGCCUUAGUUUUUACCUGCAGUCUGCGUAGAUUUUAACCUGAUUUAACUAAUCUAUCUUCUUUUUCGUUUUCUUUUUGUAAUUUAAUGCAGCUUUUUAACAUAAGUCAUGUCCAGCCCCCCAUUCUUGCUGCAGUCCAUCCACCCUCUCUAGAACGCAGAGGAUGACUGUUGUUUUUUUUCCUCUUUACUUUGGGAAACUUCCACCAACCAAAUGCUGGUGAAUCUGGUGAGUUGAUGUGUUCUCAGUUGUCAUUUGGAGGUUUUGUUUUUAUUCCACGCCGCUGGAUGAGAACAGGUUUCCUUCCUCGUCUGUGUUUCCUCUCACUGGUCAUUUUUGCUGUUUUCGGGGUAAAAAUGGGACUUUUUGGUUAAAACCACUGAAACUCUGAAGUUUCUCGGCAGUGAAGGUCGACUCGCAUCAGAAGGGAAUUAAGGGACCAAUUUCUGCUUCCAUGUGUUGGGUCAUGCACACUGUUCCGAAUAUGAAGUGCUUUUUGUUGUCGCGGCUCUUAUUUGCUGUUUUGCAAUGUUUUUUUGGUUUUGCUCAUACUACUGUCAGCCCCGUCUCCCAGGAGGAUUUUGCACAUUGUAAAGAUGAAAUGGAUGUAAUCAUAGUUCACUGUGGCUUUAGACUGUGUACAGUUAAACUAUGGACUGUAAAAUGUACGGGAAAAUUCCUAUGGAAAAAAACUGAAUCACUUGAAGAGCCUGUCAAAAGGUUAUCGUGCAUGCCCAGGUUCUUUUGAGACUAUAAGUGUGUAAAUUUUACUUUUAGUGUACACAAGAAAUUAAAAUAGUUAUCUUCUCUG